AUGGCAUCAACAACAACAACAACAACAACAACAACAACAGCAACAGCAACAGCAACAGCAACAGCAACAGCAACAACAACAACAACAACAACAGCAGCAGCAGCAGCAACAUCGGGAAAGAAAGAUUCGUCACCAACAACAUCGACUGCUAAUACUUAUGUUCGAUGUCUUCCACAUCCGCCAACGUAUCGUUUAACGAUAGCUGACUUAUUUGAUACUUCAACUGGUGGUGGUAAACCUCGACUUAAUCGUCUUCGUGAACAUCUAUUUGCUGAAGGACGUCUCGAAGAAGAUGCUGCAUUAAUGAUUAUUGAAUGUGGUGAACAUUUAUUACGUUCUGAAAAUACACUAAUCGAAUUAGAAGCUCCCAUAACUGUUUGUGGUGAUAUUCAUGGACAAUUUUAUGAUCUUAUGAAAUUAAUUGAAGUAGGAGGCUCACCAGCUACCACACGUUACCUAUUUAUGGGUGAUUAUGUCGAUCGAGGCUAUUUUUCAAUUGAAUGUGUUCUUUAUUUAUGGGCUCUAAAAAUUCAAUACCCUACAUCAUUUUUUCUUCUUCGUGGAAAUCAUGAAUGCAGACAUUUAACUGAGUAUUUUACUUUUAAAACAGAAUGUAAAAUUAAAUAUACAGAACGAGUCUAUGAUGCAUGCAUGCGUGCAUUCGAUUGUUUACCAUUAGCUGCACUCAUAGAUAAACAAUUCUUUUGUGUUCAUGGUGGUCUUUCACCGGAAGUUCAUACAUUAGACGAUAUAAAAAAAUUAGAUCGCUUCAAAGAACCACCACCAUACGGCCCCAUGUGUGAUUUAUUGUGGAGUGAUCCCAUUGAAGAUUAUGGACAUGAAAAAUCUCACGAUGAAAAAUAUUUAUUUAAUGCAACACGUGGUUGCUCUUAUUUUUAUACAUUCAAAGCUGUUAAUGAUUUUCUUGUUAGAAAUUGUUUAUUAACUGUUAUACGUGCACAUGAAGCACAGGAUGUUGGUUAUCGUAUGUAUCGUAAAUGUCCACAAAGCGGUUUUCCAUCAUUAAUGACAAUAUUUUCUGCACCGAAUUAUCUUGAUGUUUACCAAAAUAAAGCAGCUAUACUUAAAUAUGAUACAAACAUAGUUAAUAUAAGACAAUUUAAUGCUUCCCCACAUCCAUAUUGGUUGCCAAAUUUUAUGAAUGUUUUUACAUGGUCGUUGCCAUUUGUUGGUGAAAAAAUUACAGAAAUGUUAAUUAAUAUAUUAAAUAUAUGUAGCGAAGAAGAACUUAUAACAGAUCUAUCAAAUGAUCAACAAAAUGAUAAUGAAAAUCAAUUUCGUCGCGAUGCUAUACGUUCAAAAAUACGAGCUGUCGGGAAAAUGGCUAAAGUUUAUGCUUCGUUACGUGAAGCUAGUGAGAAUGUUUUAAAUUUGAAAGGUCUUGCACCUGUAUCUCCAGCUUCAUCAACAACAAAUAUCAAUGAACUUAUUGAUGACGAAGGCGAAGUAGCUGAACAUCGAAAAGCACCAACAGAUUUUUCAUUUUCUACAGCAAAAACAUUUGAUCAAAUUAAUGAACGCAUGCCACCAUGGUCCGAUGCUGAACGAAGACAACGUUUGAUGAAUAAAAAUCAAUCAACCAACGAUGAUUCAAUUAUACAUAAUGUUGAUAGUGAUAAUGAACGAACAGAAUCAACAGCAAACAAGAGAGACUCGACACAUCAUACACCUACUGUUGUUAUAUUAAAAGAAGAUGAAAAAAUUUACAAUGGAAUCGAUAAUAUUCAAAACAAAACGUCACACGAGUCGUCUCUUUCGAAAUCAAAACAAAAAUCUAUUUCAUCUUCAACCGGUGAUCAACAUACUGAUCUUGAACAUGUUCAAAUAAAUUUUGAUAAAAAUCAUGAUAAACAUUCAUCUAAUCAAAAACAUUCCACCAAUAACACGAAUGGCUCAAUAGCAAGCGGGAGUGGCAGUGGUGGGUUUUCAAUAAAAAAUCCUGUUAGUUCAUUUCGAUCAUGGGUAUCUCAUAAACGAUCUUCGAAAGAAGAUCAAAUUGUAAACACAAAUGAUCGUUCUAUAACAAAAUAUGGAAAAAUCGAUACAUCUCCAACACCACGUAAAGCAUCAGUCAGUUCAGAUACAUCAAAACGAACUCGAACGAACUCAGCAUCAGCCACAACAACAACAUCUGUAAUUAAUAAUAAUAAUAAUCAACAGCAGCAGCAGCAGCAGCCGCAACAACAACAACAGACUCAAUCAAAUUCUUCUACUGUUACAUCAGCAACACGUGCAAAAAAGAAAUCAUCGUUUGCAUUACGUAAUACAAAUCCAAUUGCAUUGCUUAAACGAACACCGGAAACAAAUCAUAAUCAAACAGAUUUAUCAUCAACCGAACAAACAGGAGCCGGAGGAGGAGGAGGAGGAGGCCCGUUUGGUUAUUUGAAACAUCUUGUGCGAGGCGACAGUAGUAGCAGUGAAAAAAAGCAGUAG